GCAAUUAUCAAAACCCCAAUCCCCAAAAUUAUACUAUAAAUACUAAAUAUAAAAUAAAUCACUCUCUGUGUCACCCGUCGGUUUUCUCGAUGCUGCAACUAUUCCAUAGCCGCAUGAUUUAAGUUUGAUACACCUGUCGAAAUCUUAGAGGAUUAAAACACUGGUGGGGUCAUCCAAUAACGAAGAACCGGUCUUUAGGUGGUUCCUUCAUACCGGUUAUAACCGGUGAAGUUCAUGGUGACUACCGAUAGGUCCGGUAACUAGGGGUCAAUGGUAUAAGGCCUGGGGUUUAAGCAAAAAUUGAGUGGUUUUCAGAGGGUUUAGGCGAUCAGAGGGGGGAAAAAAGAACGCAAAUUGUUUUGUUUUUGGUGAGAAAAAUAAACUGACAUUUCAAGAGAAAAUUCCAGAUGGCUUCUGCUUGAUAAGCACAGAGAAGAUUUCCCUUCUGUUUUCUGGGGAAAAUAUGGGGUAGAAAAUGGAAGUGAGUAUUUUUAUUCUCGUCUGGUAAGAGAAUUUUCAUUUUGGUUAGUUGUUUCUGCGAUCUUAAGUUUGGUUUCGAGUUUCAUUUUUUGAGCGAAAAGUUCAUAGCUUAUAGGUGAGAAAAUAAUUUAUUUUUCCUGAUUAUCUUUCCCCCGAAAGUUCUCGGGUUUGUUCUGUUUGGCCGCCUAGAAACGGUGAGAAAGUGGAAGGGAAAAUUCGAUUUUGGCUGGUAAUGCGAGGAGAAAGUUGCUAAAUGACCCCAAAGGUUUAAUAUUUUUAAGCUUACAACUUUUAAGCAUUCAAAUGUCCGUUCUUUUCCUCCUCUGUUUUUCGUUUUCUUUUGAAAAUUCUUAAAAUUUUGCCACUUUUUAACGAUAAAUUCUUCUUUCGUCGAUAAUUUUGGGUCAUAACGCAUUCGAUCUGCGAUUUUGGAGACAACCUAUUGGAAAAGCCGAAGAGAUGAUCAAAGAAUUUUUUUUUCUCAGUUUUUUUUUUGUCUUAUAUUUUGGUUUUACAAGAAAGAUCUUUUCUUCAGGGUUCUAGAUCUUCUUAAAACCAAAAUUUAUCGAACUUACCAAGAAUUUCCAUUUUCUAGCGUUGAAGCCUGAUUUAGUUAUUUGGGGCUCAAUCUGAUCUCUCGGGGUUUUGUUGUGGUUUAAGGGUUUUCCUUUUUAACAAAAAAAUUGCUAAUUUCUCUUUACUUUCUUCUUCAUCUCUCUUCUCAAUUUGGAAAAUUUAGAUGUUUUGAAAAAAUAAUUGAAAAGAAAACUUUUCUUCAAAUGUCUCCAUCUGUUCUCUUUCCUUUUCGACGUUUUUUUUAAGUCGGCAAGUUUAUUAGUUUGAUCCAUCUAAGGUUUGAUGCAAAAGCUUGUGUUUGAAUUUUAUUUUAUUUUUAAGUAUAAAGAGUUUCAUUGAAGGCCACCUGGAGAUGGAGGGUUGACUGCUGAGUAUGGAAUUUUCCAUUUCUUAUCAGAUCAUGUGGAUCUUUUUGAAGCUUACCGACACCCAGAAAGUUUGGUUGGAGUUGGAGGCCUGAAUUCCCAUGGUCCAAUCAUCUGAGUUUAGUCGAGACAUUGAUUGAUAUAAUCACAUAUACUUUCAAUCUCUUGGAAAUUGAUUCAUUGCUUAUAAUGUGUUCGAUGUGGUUCCAUCUUUGAGACAUGGUGUUGCAGAAGAGGUUAGACUAUGGAUUCAAUGGCUAUCAGGUGCCCGCUAUUCCUCGAGCAACCAGAUCAGCUAGGAAAAGGGUUCCAUUUAGAAAGAGAGUUGAAGGCAACCAAACUAGUGCAUUUGAUUUACUGGCCACUGUAGCUGGGACGUUAUUGCUAGAUAAAGAAAGUUCUCCUGCUUCUAAUAACUCAUGGAAUGCUGAAGAUCAGUCUGCAGUUGAAAAAAAUAAUGUAAAAGAGGAAAGGCAGGAUGGAGAUCAGUCAUUGAAGCUAGAAACUUGCAAUGUUUCUGAACUUGUUCCCCAAACUAAUGACCCAAAUUAUAGUUCUAGGGAAUCCCGUAGCCUACAAAAUGGCAACCAAUUUGGAGUUACUUCUGCCUUAACAACUUCUGAGUGCUUUGAAAGACUCGAUUCUCAGAAGUUGAUAAAUGGAAAAAUCAAGAAUGAAAUGGGAAGUUUGGCUUGUAAGGUAGAGACAGGUCCAUUUGUGUCUAGGACACCUGGUGAUUGUGUUGAACCAGUUUCUGAAAAUAAAGUGUUGACGGAUGAGGAACUGGAUAGAACUAAUAAGGCUUCAACUGGGGAAGUGGCUGAUAAAUGCCCCUUGGAGGAUCCACUUGUCUUGGAUGGUAAACCCCCUGCUGUAGUUAGCUCAGACAGUAGUAUUAAGGCACCUUCAUUUGGGGAACACGACCCCUUUAUUUCCUUUCCCGUACAGCAGUAUGAUGUAAAUGUAGUUAGUAGAGAUGAUGAUGAAAAAUCUUCAGGGUGUACUCACCCUAGCCCCAUAAGAGAACCAUUUAGGUCAACCCCUCGGAUUGGAGACCGAAGAAUUAGGAAGAUACUGGCUUCUAGAUACUGGAAAGUGGCUCUGAGAUCAAAGAAUGCAACAUAUUCCAAUUAUGAUGAGAAUUUGAAGUCGGGUUACUGCAAUAGGAGCACUUAUAAACGCCUAAGGUCUGGAAGGAACUUCCCCUUCAAAAAAAGAAAGUUUUUACACUAUACCUCAGAGUCAAACUCAGAUGGAGGAACCAUCAGUGAGGGCAUUUCUGAUUUACCUGAGAAGAAUAUCAAUGGAAAAGCUUCCAUUCUAUAUUCAAAGAUGCAUGGAGUCACUGGAGAGUCAUCUUCACUAGCAGACCAACGCAAAUCAUUCAACUCUAGGGAUCCUCAUGUGAAGCUCAGGAUCAAAUCUUUCAGGGUACCAGAAUUAUUUAUUGAAAUUCCAGAAUCUGCAACUGUUGGCUCUUUGAAGAGGACUGUUAAGGAGGCAGUAACAGCGAUACUUGGAGGUGGAUUGUGUGUUGGUGUACUGCUUCAAGGAAAGAAGGUUAGGGAUGAUAAUAAAACUCUGCUGCAGACGGGAAUUUCUCGUGAUAAUCAGAUGGAUGCUCUAGGUUUUAGCCUGGAGCCUAACCCAUCACAUGCUUCCCCUUCUUUAUGCCCUGGAGGUUCUCCCUUAACACUUCCCCAUGACAUACCUCUACCUCUAGCUAGGUAUCUGGCAAAUCCUGGUUUAGUUAAUCAGGUUACUUGUCAUCCCUCAACUGAGCCUUGCAUACCCAAUGCGGGCAACUUUAUUGAGAGCAACAAUGAUUGUACAGCUGACAUGUUUGACAAAAGCACAACUGAAUCUAAAGCAUUGGUAGCUGUACCAGCAAUGAGCGUGGAAACAUUAGCAGUUCCCGUUCAUAAGAAAUCCAAGCAAUCUGAAGUUGCGCAGCGAAGAAUUCGUCGACCUUUCUCUAUUGCUGAAGUUGAAGCCUUGGUUCAGGCCGUUGAGAAACUUGGAACUGGAAGGUGGCGUGAUGUUAAACUAAGAGCUUUUGAUAAUGCGAAGCAUCGCACUUAUGUUGAUUUGAAGGAUAAGUGGAAAACACUACUGCACACUGCAAGAAUAUCCCUGCAGCAAAGGCGGGGAGAGCCGGUACCCCAAGAACUCUUGGACAGGGUUCUAAACGCCCACACCUACUGGUCUCAGCAGCAAGCCAAGCAGCAGCAGCUGCCAGAGAGCUGCCUUCCCCAUUAUAACUCUACAAUGAUAGGUAGUGGCCGAUGUGAUGAUGACGAAAAUAUCUUAGGUUGAUUAUGGGUUUAGGAUUUUUUAUUAUUAUUAAUUUCCUGUAUGUUUAUUAUGAUUAUGUAAAAAAUAAUAGGUAUGACAAGGAUGAAAUAGAAGUACCAAGAAAUCUAUGUAAUAUUUUAUGGUCUGCUCUUAGCAUGUGAUUAUUCUCUUGGAACAAAAAUAUUUGGCCCUUCUGUGAAUGGUUGAUUAAAUAAAGGCUUGCUGACUGUAUUAAACUUCACAUAA